AUUCAUCAGUAGACCUAUUACUUAUCAUUUUAGUGGGAACUGCUAAAAAGGCAUAAUGAAUACUCUUGCCACCAUAACGAUUCUUCUGCUGGUGGGUUUGCUCACAGCCGAGUGUUUUACAGUCGACAAGAACUGGUUCAAUGAAAACUCGGUCGUUUACACCGGCGAGAAUGAAAUCACGAAGAUUUCUGUCCCAAUGAAAUUUAACUCCAAGAAAAAUGAUGGCAGUUUUGACUUCUACGUCUUCUUUAUAGAAGCUCAGAAGGGGCUGUACGUGUUAAAGAAUCAGAAAGUCACUAAGCUUUUCGCAAACGGGGCAGAUGUCGCCGAAUCUUCGAAUGGCACCGUCUACUUGGCAGCAACAGACGGCAUUUACACCUUCAACGCUGAAAAGAAUACAGCAGAGAAGUACGGAUCUUUGACAGACAACGUCAUCAGCAUUGCAGUGGCUAAUGGGACACAGGAAAUCUACAUCAUAACUAAAGAUAAAGUCCUCUUUAAAGUCACUGAUGAAGGCAACAGUAAAGUAGAAAUUACUGAAGUUAAAGACGCGGUUGAUAUGGUGUUCGAUUUGUUCAGCAACCUGUAUUUUAUCGACAGCAAAAAGCAGGUUUUUGUCAGAAGCCAUGAUGGUAUUGUGACUAAAGUGACGGGGUUGCCAGAGAAUACUUCAGUUGUAAAGUUGUUCAGAUGUGAAAAUUAUGCAGCACCUAUUUUUGUUGACGACAAAGUGUACGUAAUUAAUGUUGAUGGAACCACUGAGUUCCAUAAUACGACCUUCUCUAUUUCACCUACUGCUAUAUCUUUUGAGACCUGUUUGUUCUACUUAGCACGCAACAAGAAAAUAUACAAGUACGGGCUAUGUGGCUAAUAAAAAGUUACAGCAAUUAGUUUCAUUGUUAUUUAAUUUACAUUAAUAACAUUUAUACAACGUGCUCCUUUUGUUUUCCGGAAAUUUUAGGGGUGUAUUCUAUAAAUAAAAACUAGUUAAAGAGUCUUAGGAAUAUGUGUUUUUAAAACCAUAUUUUUGAAGAUAUUGUGGAUUCUAGAUUUAGAAGAUACCUAGUUGAUUUAGAUUAUAGUAUCAUCAAUCUAGUUUUUUUUUUCAAAAUUGUCACCUAGUCUUUUUGUGCAGACUUUUUAUCAUUCAGGGACUGGGUAGUCAAUGCGAAAAAACGCUCAACGGUUGGAAUGUGCAGGUGUCAAAAUGUCCAUACGGACCGGUUGUUAGUGUGGCAGAAAGUAUGAACGUCAAAAAGUCCCAGUGCCAAAAUGUACAUUGUUACCAUGGUUACAAUGGCUUAGUGACAAAUGGUACACAUCACAAAAUACAAGUACAACAAAAGGUGUGAUAGAUAAAAUUAUCAACUGAUAUAUUGUGCUCAUGAAUAAAUUAAUAAAAUUAAAUGUCAAAAUGUUCAAUGUUCUUGUAGUCUAGUCAAUAAAGAUUUUUUGGACAUUUUUACCUUGAUGCAUUUAAACACGUGUUCACGUUAGCUAUUAUACAAUAAGACGCUUGUUCAAAUAAACCCGAAGACAUUUUAACUUCAGAUCAUUUUAACCAUUGCUCAUUUCGACGUUCAUACUUUUUGCCACACUAACAGCCGGUCCGUAUGGACAUUUUGACACCUGCACAUUCCAACCGUUGAGCGUUUUUUCGCAUUGACUACCCAGUCCCUGAAUGCUUUUUAUUGAUAAGUGUAUGUAAAUUAUGAAUUAAUUCAGUGAAAAAUUAAGUUUUUAAAUAAUUUCGUAUGAAAAAUAAGUCGAAACAAAUUGUUGAAUUUAACAAAAAAUGUAAUGCCAUUCCAUUCUUUGAAGUGCUCUUAUUAUUACCCUAGAGUUUCAGGAAAUCAAAAAGAGCACGUUGUAUACGUUGUUUUUUUAAUGUAGGUUAUUUAAUAUUUAACUAAGUGUCACACUUAACGGGUAUAAUCUUAAUUUUUUUUGUCAGUUUUGUAUUCAUUGUAAUAACAAUGUAUGUAUUGUGUAUUCUUUUUUGUUGUUGUUUGAAUUUACUAUAAUGUUAUUAAACUUUCUUGUGUGAUAUAAUUCUUCUAAUGUAAUUUGACAUAAAGUAUGAAUGACAAAAUCUAUAUUUGCAAGUAAAACAA